AAUUCAGUGAGAGUAUUCAUCAUCUGUCAGUGACAUUUUGAUGCGUUGAAGGGCUUUCAGUGUCAUAAUUUGUUUCCUCUCUCAUCUCCGUCUGUGUAUCCUGCAAAUAUAGUAAUCUGGAAGACGAAAAGGAAUGGGAGAACAAUAAAAAAACCUUCCUUGUCAAGCUACAGGCUACAGGCUACAGCAGAGCUUUUGUUGAACAAAAGGGAACCCCCAGCAACCACUGGAUGCAACAACAGCACCUGAUGAGUGGCGGAGGAGGAGGAAGUGGUGGUGGGUAUGAAACCAGCAGAGGAUUGGCAAGGUUCCGGUCGGCUCCGGCUACGUGGUUUGAGAAUCUGCUGCAAGAUGACGAGCCAUUAACACAAAACCAAUGCUUGCCUCAGGUUCCUUUUAGCACUUCAACCACAGCCCCCGUUGGAAACUCUGCAAAUUUCAGUUCAGACGAAGGUGAUGCAGCUUUCUUCGAGACAAGUGUCGCCAACACGGGGUUUGGUUUCCUCACUAGACAAAACAGCUCUCCGGCGGGAUUUCUGGGUCAUCUCACUUCACAACCGAGUAUCGGAUGUGAUGGUUUCAUGACCAACUUUGAUAUUCCAAGCAGCAUGGACUAUCUGUCGUUGCCGGAUUUUCCUUCAAACAAACGGCCGAGGGAUUUGGGUUCUGAGCAAGAAGCUGCGACGCACUUUUCUGCUGAGUUGAAAGGAGAGCAGAGUGUUGGGUUACAGAGUUUUUCUGAUAUGGAGAUGGAGAGGGUCUUUUCAGAUUCUGUUCCUUGCAGGGUUCGAGCUAAGCGUGGCUGCGCAACCCAUCCUCGUAGCAUUGCUGAGAGGGUGCGGAGGACCCGAAUCAGCGAUCGCAUAAGGAAGCUUCAAGAACUGGUGCCAAAUAUGGACAAGCAAACUAAUACUGCAGACAUGUUAGAGGAAGCAGUUGAAUAUGUUAAGUACUUGCAAAAACAGAUUCAGGAACUCUCUGAGUAUCAGAGGAACUGCAAAUGCACGAAUAAAGAUUAAUCGGAAGGUUUGAACAAUGCCUGUCACACAAUUUGUGCUACUCAUCAGACCCAUGAGACUUAAAUGUAUGUGCAUUAUAUUCUUAUUAGCUGACAAUCCAUGAAGAUUGUUAUCAAGCUUGAUCUUCUUAAGGUCAAACAUGCUUUAACCUCUGAUGUACUUAUAAUGUAAAAUAUUUCUACAAUUCCCAAAUUGUCUAACACCAGGACAUCUUUUUUUUUUCUUUUCUUUUUCUUUAUUUUUGGUGAUAAACACCAGAUCUUGUUGUAAAAUCUGUCUAUAAGUUUCCACUUGUAUAUAUAGAGCUUAUUAUUGGAUAAAACUCACUCUCACUUAUUACAUAUUGAGUAGCUAUGAGUCAAUAAAAUAUUCAGUGUGGCAGAAUGCUUUAGA